UUUACUUGUUUGCUUCUCUCCAUCCCUAAUAGUACACACACGCAACCUAACCCCCUUUCUCUCGCACUGCAAAACAUUAUUAUUCUUAAAAAAUUUCUUCUUACCUGCAGCGAUCUGGGAAGUCUCAAUCAUCGAUUCUUCCUGAUCCAUUUGUAAGCAAGAAACCUCUAAUGCGCGUGACCCAUUUUACUUCUCCAAAGGUACACAACUACCGAAGAAAACUAAAAAAACCCUUGAAAAUAGAAACCCCUAAUUAGAUUUUUGUCAGUAGAAGUAGGAUUUGAACCAUAACUGAUUUAAGAAGGUGAUCACAACUCAAUUUCAAUGGAGGUGAAGCUCUGGAAUGAUAAACGAGAUAGGGAAAUGUAUGACAACUUUGCAGAUCUUUAUGCCAUCAUUAAAACUACUGAGAAGUUGGAAAAGGCUUAUGUUCGCGAUUUAAUUUCUUCGGUGGAGUAUGAACCUGAAUGUUUGAAGUUGCUUGCUCAGUUUAAAACCUUGACAUCAACUUUAAAAGUUAUUGUUCCAAGCGUUGAUCGAUUUAUGGAUACUUACAAGAUGGAUUGCCCUGCUGCUCUAAAUCGUCUGGUCACUUCUGGUGUUCCUGCAACUGUUGAGCAUCGUCAAGCUUCUGCUGGUGCUAACAAUACAUCUGCAGCAACUGUUGCGGAGUGUGUUCAAUAUUUUAUAACUGCGAUGGACACUCUGAAACUGAAUAUGUAUGCUGUGGACCAGGUUCAUCCAGUACUAGCUGAUCUUUUGGCAGCACUCAAUAAGCUUAGUAUGCUGCCACCAGAUUUUGAAGGAAGGGUGAAGAUGAAGGAGUGGAUUGCCAGAUUAUCGAAAAUGGGGGCUGCAGAUGAGUUGACAGAACAGCAAUCUAGGCAACUUCACUUCGAUUUGGAGUCGUCUUAUAACUUGUUCAUGGCAGCGUUGCCUAAUCUUGGGUCUUAAUCAGGUUUGAGAAAGACUGUAAAUAGAAUGGUGCGUUGUCUGUUUUCGUUUGGUUUUUCUUUUUCUUUUUUUUCCUUUUUUGUGCUUUAUAUUAUCUGGAAGGAUUACUGCUUGGAGCAAUAUAACUGGUACUGUAACAAUUUAUGAGUAUUGAAACGGGUUAGAAUGAGAUGAGUUCUUUUGUUACAGAUAAUGAACAAUCUUUUGCGUGUUUUGUCAUAAGAACUGAUUUCGUACAA